ACAAAAAGUCAAAACAAAGAGAAGAAAAAUUUUGUGUGGUAGAAAAAUAAAUUUGGAAAUUCCAUAAAAUUAUACAUAUAUAUUUACAAUAUAGUAUUUUAUAUAGUAUAUAGUAAAUAAAAAAAAUUAAAAGAUUUUUUUUACUGAAGUUUAAAAAUAAUUUUUAAUCUUGAAAAUAUGGCAUCCGAUGUAGUAAUGGCACAAGAUAGUGUCGAUGUACCGGCUGUACCAAAUCAAUUAGAGCAAUUUACGAUUUUAGCAAAAUCAGCUAAAGGUGCUGCUUGCUUAGAGUUAAUUAAACAAGUUUUAGAAGCCCCUGGAAUUCAUGUUUUUGGAGAAUUGCUUGCAAUGCCAAAUAUUGCAGAGCUAGCAAAUGGUCCAAAUGCAAAAUAUUGGAAUACAUUAAAUUUGUUUGCCUAUGGAACAUAUAAACAAUAUACAAAAAAUCCUAAGGAUUAUCUGGAAUUAACACCAGUAAUGAAGAAAAAAUUGCAACAUUUAACUAUAGUUACAAUGGCAGUUCAUACUAAGUGUAUUCCAUAUAAUCAGCUAUUAGAAGAAUUAGAAAUAAAAAAUGUUCGUGAUCUAGAAGAUUUAAUUAUUGAAGCUAUUUAUUCUGAUAUUAUUCACGGAAAGUUAGAUCAAAAAAAUUGUCAACUGGAAAUUGAUUCAGCUUUGGGUCGUGAUAUACGUACUGAAGAUAUUGCUCUAAUUUGGAAAGUUCUAAAAGAAUGGUCUCAAUCAUGUGACUCGGUAUUAGGCUGUAUUGAGGAGCAAAUUAAUCGAGCCAAUUCUGAAAAGGCAAGAAGAACUAAACACAAAGAGCAAAUCGAACAAGAGAUAAUAAAUGUUAAAAAAGCUCUCAAGACUCAAUUGACUGACGCUGAUGAAGCUAUGACAUCUGAUCAAAGAGAAACUACUCCUGGUCAAGAAUGUCGCAAAAAAUCAUGUAAAUCAAAAUCUGGUCGUCCAAUUGGUAAAUCAUGGUUUAAGCCAUUUACAUAAAUUUUUUUUUUUCAUUUAUUUGUAAGAAAGGAAAAUCCUUAUU